UAUAAAACCAGUUCAGUUAUUUGCGAAGAACUAGUCAACAAAUGGCGUCAAAAUUGAACUCUCCGUCAGACUUCGCUGCUGGGAAAAAGAAAGAGGUAUACACAGACCAUGAUAAAGUUGAUCUACUUCCUCCCUCGGCAUUUGAGACACACACUGAGGAUGCUGCAUGGAAGGAGCUGGCCAGAGCAACCAGUGAAGUCAUGCAGCUGAAACUAGAAAACCAACAGCUUAGGGAGAAGAGAUCCACGCCUCAAUUUAUUCCACAAUAUGAACAUAGAGUCCGAGAGGAUAUUACUAAAGAUGAUGAGAGAAAAUACAUUGAUGAGAUAAUCAAACAAAGCAGUGAGAUAUCAGAUUUAAAGAAAGAAAUUCAAACUCUAAAGUCUCGACACAAAGAAGAGCUGCUAGACCUGGAGAAACAGCACACAUACAAAGAACGCCAGCACGUACAACGGUCGGCUGAACUAGCGGCAGAAUUAAAGGCCCAGGAGGAUCGAUACGACAUGGAAAUCAACAAACUCAGUUACGAUCACCAGCAACAGACGGAGGAAUUAGAGCAAAUUAUUCAGGGAUUGAGAGAUGAGUUGUCCUUGACCCUGUCAAGGUCAAAGUCAAGGUCAGAGGAGGUUGAAGGCCAGUUGAAAGAGAUGCAGGAAAGGUUGUCGAGGAGAGUUGAAGAGCUGGAAGCUGAAGUCAGAUCAAAAACCCAGACUCUGGAGAACCAAACAAAACAGAUUGUGCAGUUGAAGAAUUACAUUGGAGAAUCUGAAACUAUUCCCCGACCAGUAGAAAUAUGGAGGAAAGAGAAGGAGACUCUUGAAAAUAGACUCAAGAUAUCUGAGAUAGAUCGUGAAAACUGUCAGUCUAAUCUACAACUGCUGAACAUCCGGUUAAACUCCAUGAAAGAAAUUCAAAACCUUCAAGAGCAGGAGUUGUCCAGGACCAACAAAGAGAAAAUGGAUAAGACAAAGCAAGAAAGUAUACUUCUAACAAGAUGGCGAGAAAAAGUAUAUGAACUGCUUGUUCAGCAAAAGUCAGCAUCCAUUGUACAAAGAAAAGAUGAACAGAACUGGUUAGAGAAGGUCAAUGAUUUAAAAAAUGAGCUGACAUCGGCCAAUAACCAGAUAACUGUGCUGACCCACUCACUGUCAGACAGACAGGCUCAGCUAGACAUGGAGAAAAAUAACAACAAGCAACUACAACAGGAAGUGUUCCAAGCCCAGCAGAUGGCGCUGAGUCUUGAUGACAGACUACAGGAGAGUACGGACUCCGUGGAUCUGCUGUCCCAGUUUUCACACAGCAUCAGCAGCAAGUUUGAAGGAAACCUUGGAGUCCUUCAGAGCAUUCUUGGAUCUCUGAAAGCGUACGGUCAGAGAAUCAGCUUUGCCAGUAGUAGGAUAGAGGUUUUACAAGGAAUUUAUGCACGGAAUGAGGCCAUGAAGAAAUUAAAGCCAGAAGAUGAUGAUAGAGUCAAUGUCCCAGGAGGUCAAGGCAAUCUUGAGAGUGUGUCCUACAUAUCUUCUGAACUUGAGCAUGUGACAAAGGAGCGCGACAAACUGGCUGCCCAGUUAAAACAGGACGCUGAGAGUUGGAGCGAGCGGCUGGAGGCUGCCACCGUCAAAUGUGGGGAAGAGAAUAGAAAUCUCAGAAAGACAGUGGAGGAUUUGGAGCAGGUGCUUCAAGAAAAAUCCCAGAAAUGUGCCAGUUUGGAGGAACUGUCUGAGAAGCUAGAGGGAGACCUCGAGGAGUCGUAUGAAUCCAUUGAUCAUCUGAAAACGGAGCUGGCAAAGAGGGAAGUUGGACUGGAACAAGUAAUGGGGGAACAGAGGGAAGAAAUAGAGGCGGAAUUCAGAGAGCAGUUGGCUGAAUAUGAUAGAAAACUGAGUGACGCAAAACGAGAACACACAAAAUCAGUUGUCGCCUUGAGGCAGCAGGAGAGACAGAUGGUAAGAGAUAAGGAACGAAUGACAGAAAACUUCCAGACAAUGGAGCACCACUAUGUCAGACAACUCACAACCCUACAAGAGCAGUUAAAAUCGCUGGAGAAGGAACGCAACCUUAUGAUGGCCACUUUGAGACAGGAAGGUUUGUUGGGUAAACUUAGAGCAGGGCGGUCAGAGGUUGCCCAACUACCGGAAGUAAAUGUCAACAGCCAGUUUACAAAAGUCGACACCAUUACCAAACUUAUGCCAACAGAUAGAGAAGAAGAGGAAGAAAAUGAAGCCGAGCCUAUAGCAGCGGUCUUGGAGGAUUUGAAGGUGUUAACUACCACGGUGCUGCGAGAGAAUUCCUCCGAUUCUGACUCUGACAUUUGAAAGGCCAGAUUUUGGCUCCUGUCUUUAGACUGUGAUACCAUCUGACAUGAUAAUCUGAUCGAUAGGAGGAAAGUCCCAGGUGGCAGAGGGAAUCCUUGAAACUUUCUAAGCAAUCAAACCUAAUUUCUGCCCCCGUUAGUUUCGAGAUUUUCCUUGUCGCGUAGUAAGACUCCCUAGAAUAACGUGUGUUUUAUAACGCAACAGGUUAUUUAUGUUGUGAUGGACUUUAUAUUUUC